AUGCUUUUAUCCAAGAUCUUGCAAAUCACUAUCCUUACUAUGCUUGCUCAAUCUUAUCCUCUUGGCUCUUUGGAAGACCGAGAAGCCGCUAACCAAGGUGCUCUCGCCAAAAGAGCAAGUGUAGGUGCAGGUGCAGGAAAAUCAGAAGAAGUCUUACAGACUCACAAGAAAACAACUGCAGAAGAUAAAACUUUCAGUUCUGGUGAAGAAAAAAAUAAAAGUGGCUCGUCCAAUAGUGCUGAAUCAAAAUCCAAUGACGACAAAACAAGCAGUGGCACUUCCAAUGGAGGUAUACAAAAACCUGUUAGUGACGAAACAACCAACAGCGACUCCUCUUCUAACAAAAAAACAAGCAACAGUGGAUCGUCUGCUGACACACCAACUAAGGUUGAUCUGGCUGAGAAAGCUGCUACAACAACUUCUGGUGAAAAAACAAAUAGUGGCUCCUCCAAUGGAGGUAUACAAAAACCUGUUAGUGACGAAACAACCAACAGCGACUCCUCUUCUAACAAAAAAACAAGCAACAGUGGAUCGUCUGCUGACACGCCAACUAAGGUUGAUCUGGCCGAGAAAGCUGCUACAACAACUUCUAAAUCGAUUAAAUCUAAAGCAAUGAGUGGCGUUAAGAAUGCUGGUGAGCUUGCUGUUGCUGCUGGUGCCAUUGCCGCUUUGGGAGGCCAAUUUGUAAGCAGCGGUUCUGAUUCCGCUGAUGUCUCUACCUCUGCUUCUGCCGCAGCCUCAUCGAGCACAUGCGUUCCAUCAGCUGAGAACUUGUGUCCUGUUGGUGAUGGUACCUAUACCGACAGCGAAGGUGACAUCUACAAUUCUCUCGGUCUGUUAAUCAGUUCUGCCUCUGCCACUGCCACUGCUACUGAUAGUGUUACUGCCACUGCCACUGCUACUGCCGCCUGA